AUGCCUGAUAGUGGUAUCCCAGACUUUAUUGUUAUCCCCAGUUUGCCACUCAUGGACGACAGUACCUCGAGGCACCGAGCGAGAGACAUGACUUCUGGGGCCAAUGCUCAUACCGCAAGGGAACAAACCAGCACAAUGGAGAUGUCGGCUUCUUCCAGCACGAGAUGGUCAGAUCGUGUGGACCAGAAUUCCAGUAGCAACAUUGAUCGAAGCCCAGCUCCACCACGACGAUGCCUAAUAUGGGAUGAAUCCCUGUGUGAUCCGUCUCCACCAAAGAAGCCACAGCGUGACUCUCCAGAAGCAAAAGCGAUGCAGGACUGCAUUGAACCACCAAUGCUACAACAAAGAAGUGUUGGCCGUUCGUCCAAUGCCCCAUGA